GGGGUGAAAUAAUUUUGAUAAGAAACAUGUCACCCAAACCUCAGAAUGGUUCUCCGGAUGAAAUAUCGGCUAAUGCAAUCGUUAUCAGCGGGAUGGCUGGACUCUAUCCGCAGUCGCAAAAUGUGAAGGAUUUCCGUGACAUACUCUAUAAUAAGGUAAAUCCAGUAACAUCUGAGGACUGUCGCUGGAAGUAUGACCACCCUGAAGUUGCGCAAUUUACUGGAAAAGUGCCCGGGUUGGCCUUGUUCGAUGCCCAGUUCUUCAAGGUUCACUACCGUUUGGGCAACACCAUGGAUUCCAUGUCUAGAAAAAUGCUUGAACAAGCAUUUCAAGCUAUUUAUGAUGCUGGAGUGAACUCGGAUCAGCUAAGCGGCAAAAAAGUUGGCGUAUACAUUGGUUCGUGUUUCUCAGAGACGGAAAAAUAUGUCUUCUACAUUGCCAAUACGAAAACUGGCUUUGGUAUUAUGGGAUCUAGCAAGAGUAUGUUUGCCAAUCGGGUCUCCUACUGGCUGAAUGCGAAGGGCCCGUCCAUGUCCAUAGACCAGUCCUGCUGCAGCUCUGUACUUGCUCUGGAGCUGGCGUAUCAAGCCAUGAACCGUGGGGAUGUGGACGCCGCUUUGGUUGGAGGCGCCAGUUUGUGCUUGCUUCCACAGUCUUCUGUGCAUUUGAGAAGGGUGAUGCUGCUGAAUAGAGAUGGAAAGACACGAUCUUUUGAUAAGAACGCAUGUGGAUGCGCCAAAUCUGAGGCUAUUAAUGUGUUGUUCUUACAGAAAGCGAAGGAGGCUCGUAGAAUCUACGCCGAAGUAGUCUACGUGAAAUCUGAGUUCUCUGGAUUUGUGAUCGGACAGAACGGCCCCAGGUACGGUUUCUACCGGGAACCAGAGGAGCUGGAGGGCUUCUUGAAACAGUUCUAUAAAGAAGCCCAGGUUGAUCCGAAAGAAGUUCAAUAUGUGGAAGCUGUUGGUUCUGCGACACCGGAAGCAGAUAAAACUGAAUUAGAAGCAAUCGAUAGAGUAUUCUGCAAGAACAGAACCGAUCCUCUCUAUGUUGGGAGCGUGAUGUCUAACAUCGGAUACGGUGAAGCAGCAUCUGGUGUAUCUGCUAUUUCUAAGGUGCUGCUUGGUUACGAGAAAGGACUACUAGCAUCAAACCUCCACUGUGACAAUCUAAGAGACGACGUCGAAGGAAUACAGAAGGGAGUCAUGCGCUUUGUGACCGACCACCAGCCUUUCGGUCGUGGAUACACUGCUAUCAACAACUUCUCCGUCACUGGUGUUAACGCUCAUGUUCUUCUUAAGGGCCAUUACAAACCAAAGGAUCUGAACAGGUACAAAUCUGACAUUCCUCAUUUAGUCACGACCUCCGGAAGGCAACAAUCUUCAGUGGAGAAGAUAUUAAAUGACUUGAAGUCCCGUCCCGUUGACCCUGAAGAAAUAACUCUCCUUCAUAGCAUUCACCAGGAUAAAAUUUCUGGACAUAUGGGAAGAGGAUAUGUUAUUCUCGAUACCAAUGAAAACAAUGAAACUAUCACUGUAACUGAAAAGGCAGACUAUUUCGACGAUGUUACGAACCCGCUGUGGUUCGUGUACAGUGGGAUGGGUUCGCAGUGGACUGGAAUGGGAACCGAACUCAUGCGCAUACCUGUCUUUGCUAAGGCUAUACAACGUUGCCACGAAGUGUUAAAGCCUAAAGGAGUGGACCUUAUCAAAAUAAUAACUUCAUCAGACAAGACAAUCUUUGAGAACAUUCUGCAUUCCUUCGUUGGGAUUGCUGCCGUUCAAAUUGGUCUCACUGAUGUUCUUACGGCGUUAGGAAUUGUUCCUGACAAAAUUAUAGGUCAUAGUGUAGGGGAGCUGGGAUGCGCGUACGCAGAUGGAUGCCUCACAGCAGAAGAGACGAUCCUCUCUGCGUACAGCCGCGGGCUCGUGUCUGUACAGACACCGUUUAUUAAGGGAUCUAUGGCGGCUGUUGGUUUAGGUUAUUCAAAGGUUGCCAAGAUGUGCCCUCCAGAAAUCGAAAUCGCGUGCCACAAUAGUUCUGAGUCCGCUACAAUAUCUGGACCAGCCGAAAUUAUGCAGAAGUUUGUUCAAUCUCUCACUGCAAAGGGUAUAUUCGCUAAAGAAGUGCCAUGUUCAAAUAUAGCUUACCAUUCAAGAUAUAUUGCAGAAGCAGGUCCUGGUCUAUUGAAAUACCUAAAGGAAGUGAUUAAGACACCUGUGGCCCGCUCUGACCGCUGGGUAUCUACCUCUAUACCACAGGACAAAUGGGACUCGCCGCUAGCCAAAUAUUCUUCAGCUGAAUAUCACACCAACAACUUACUUAAUCCAGUGCUAUUCGAAGAAACAUCAGCCCUGAUCCCAGCCAACGCGGUGCUGGUCGAGGUGGCGCCGCACGGGCUGCUGCAGGCGAUCCUCAAGCGGUCCCUCACAAGCUGCGUCAACAUUCCGCUGACCAACCGUGGGCAUAAGGACAAUGCGGUGUUUAUGCUUGAUGCUAUUGGCAAACUCUACAUGAAAGGAUACAAUCCAAAGAUUCAAGCAUUAUACCCUAAAGUGGAGUUCCCGGUAUCCACAGGCACCCCCAUGCUGGGACAUUUGAUUGAAUGGGAACACAGUGAGAAAUGGGCAGUACCAGUGUACAUAUCAGGCUUGAAGAAGACAGCUGCUGCAUGCAACUUUACUUUAUCUCUACACGACGAUGAACACAACUUUUUACGAGGACACGUUAUUAAAGGGAAGAACGUAUAUCCAUACUCCGCGGCUCUUAUGGCAGUAUGGGACACAUUCGAUAUGAGUCUAAAUUACAAGAGAAAGGCUGUCUCCGUACAAUUUAAAGACGUUCAUCUGUUUGUCCAACCGAGGCUGCACGAUAAACGACCCUUGAAACUUAGCGUCAGUCUUCAUAGAGGGAAUGGAGUUUUUGAGGUAGAAAAUGACGAUAUUAUAGUAGCUAAAGGAACAAUAUCUUUAAGUGAAAAGAGCAAUGACAUCUAUCGUCUGUUAGUGUUCCCAGUUAAACAUGAAGAUACGAUAACACUGAAAUCUGACGACAUCUACAAAUUACUCUGCGCCCGUGAUUAUAGUUAUAGUGGUGCAUUCCAAUCUCUGCAAGGAUGUAACGAUAAACUCAAUGAAGCUGAUGUGACGUGGCAAAAUAAUUGGAUCACUUUUAUUGAUGGAUUGAUACAACUUAAUAUAUUACGCCAAUCCGGUGAUGAAACUUUGUAUCCUGAUUACAUAAGACGGUUAACCAUUGAUAUUGAAAAACAUAAAAUCGAAAGCGAUGAGGUUGAUGUCUUAAAAGCUGCUUAUAUGGACACAUUUGAUUACACAAGAUGUGGAGGAGUGAUCGUAGAAAACGUCAAAUUCCGCGAAUUGUCUGUUUUGAAAAAUAAUAGCAUGUCUUUGAAAGCAUUGCAGUUUGUACCCCAUUUCCCAAAUGAUCGAACUGAUGAAACAACGGCGCUUUACAUUUAUCUUCAAAUCGUUAAUGAGAACAUUAAUAAAGAAGAAAUAUCCGUAUUUGAAUGUGUUGACGACGUUACUCGUAAAUCGAAGUUCAGUGGUAUUCACAAAAUCAUAGAAGAUAUUCCAAAACUCAAAGCUAAAUAUUCCGUAUUACAAGAAGAAAAUAUGCCUGAAGAUUUGGACAACAUUGAUGUUAUCUUCGUGAACGAUUUAUAUUCUAACGAGAAGUUACGUGCUGCAUUGGGUAAAAAAUUACUACCGAAUACAUUCAUCAUCAAUAAAGAAUUUAUCAAACCCACCAAGCAAAUAUCACCCCUAUUUACCGUCGUUUGUAAUUAUAACAUUGGAAAUCAAUACAUCCAAUUAAUUCAAUGGAAUCCAAAAGCAACUGAUACUGCUGGAACGAGUGUUUACACACUUGAAAGGGAAUCGGAUGUAGAACAUCUGUACUCUACUAUUAACAUGUUACCAGUCCAGCAAAGAAUCCUUCUGAUAGCCUCAUACCCAACUAUAUCGAACCUGGAUAAUGCAGCAGAAAACAUACGCAAGACUGGACGCUCUGUUAACGUGAUAGUGAUCAAUGACGAACUGAAGGGCACUGAAGAAUUCCCGAAGUGUAAUUUAGCUAAAGUUAUGCUCAAUCACGGUGAAUGGGGUGGCUUAUACUAUUUACCAAUCAACGAGUUGCCCGAAGCAAAUAAUGACGUGAUGCUGCAAAGUGGACAAAUUGGAGACAUCAAUUCACUAGAGUGGGUUGAAGCACCUGAACCGACGGGUGCCGGAAUUAAUGUAAACGUACAUUAUGCUGGUGUUAAUGAUAUCGAUAUCAAGAGGGCAUCAGGCGAAGUUAGUUAUGCAAAUGUAAAGAAGAAUUGUUACGGAAUGGACUUCAGUGGUGUAACAGAUAAAGGUGUACGCGUAAUGGGGUUAAUAGAGGGUGGAACUAUAAGAAGUAGAGUGAAGGCAAACCUGAAUCUUCUGUGGCCGGUUCCAGAAACAUGGAAUUUGGAAGACGCAGCAACUGUUCCUCUAGCGUAUGCUCAAGCAUUUUAUUGCCUGGCUAUCAAGCAAAAACUAUUCCCUGGAAUGAAUGUUUUGAUUCACGGUGGUACUGGCGCUUUAGGCCAAGCUGCUAUAUCUAUUUGCCUUGCUCAUAAUUGCGAAGUGUUCACAACCGUUAGCGAUAAAAGCAAGAAACACUUCUUGAAGAGGCUGUUCCCAAAACUGAAAGAUGACCACAUCGGUAAUUCAAGGGAUGUUACAUUUGGAGAUAUGGUUUUAUCUCGCACUCAAGGCUAUGGUUGUGACAUUACUCUUAACUGCGUCAAAGGAGAACUCAAAAAUAUUUCCAUCAAGUGUUGUGCAGCGUCUGGUGUUGUAAUAGACACAGGAAUGGUUCAAACUAAUGAAGACUUCUCAUACGGAAUGUACAAUAUGACAAAAAGUAGAUCAUUUGCUGCCGUCGACAUCUCGUCCAUCUUUAAAUACAACAACGAAAGUGAUAUGAAACGCCUCCAAGUGCUGAUCAGCGAAGGCAUAGCGCGCGGCUACGUGUGCCCGCUGACGCGGCUCACGUUCGCGCCGAGCGACGCGGCGCGCGCGUUCCGCCUGCUCGCCGCCAGCCGCCACCGCGGCCGCGUGCUCAUCGACAUGAACCAGAACAUACCCUAUACCGAGACUAGAAUAAGCAGUUCGUCGAACAAUUAUCACAUCGUUAUUUCCGAUAACGAGGUCCUGGCAAUUCGUCUCAUUGAACGCCUUAUUGAAAAAGGAGUGAGGAAGGUACAACUGAUUUCCUCAAAGAAAUCAAACAGUUUGGUACAUAAGAUAAGAGCAUGGGAAAAAUUAGAUGUUCAAAUUGAACUCACUAUAGAGAAUGUGUGGGAGAAGAAUAAUAGUUUCAAUACAUUAGACGAUAAUCUUGCAAAUGAAGUUGAGGGAAUUUUCGCAAUUAUCACGAAUAACAGCAAUUCGGAAAAUGUUGUUUCUAGUUUGGCUAAUUUGGAUGCUAAGGCUAGGAAGGACGCUUCCAAAUUAAAAUACUUCGCUGUGAUCAAUGAAAAUCAUAUGACUGGAGAAAAGAUUUGUUUAAUGAGACGUAAUUGUAAUCUGCCGGCCACAUUUAUCAAGAUUCCGUUGAUUAAACAGAAUGACAAUGGACAAUCGCUGUCAAAUAAUAAUAUCAUCAACACUAUUGAAAGAGCAAUAUUAUCCGAAAAAGCUACAACCAUAGCACACAUUCCUUCUCCAAGUACAUAUUUACUUCAAGAAAUUUGUACAUUGGCAGAAAUUCAAUUGCCAGAAAUCGUUAAUGACGAUACAACCUUACAACAGUUACAAGUUGAGCCAGAAAAAGCAUUAAUACUGCAGGCUUAUUUAAGAGACCAGUAUGACACAUGGUUUGAGAAGGAUACCAUUUUGAAUCUAACCGUUCAACAGUUACGUGAAAUACAAGAAUCGGUACUUGAAAAAGAUUUUGUACAACCAAAAGGCUUGGCCACGUUUUACUCAUCCGUGGAUCGAGACGAACUUUUGGCUACAACGGAAAUGACUUUCUUGCCAACCUUAACAAACAGUUCAGCUAUGGCUCACAACGAGUUCGACGCCAGCCAAGUGUUCCUGUGCAUGGUGCCAGGCGUGGAGGGGAACCACGCGCGUUUCUCCGUGCUUUGCGAGCGUCUCAAGCUGCCCGCGCUAGCACUGCAACCUCCAAUUAGAUACACUGAAGACCUGCGCACAAUGGCGCAGCGGUUCGCUGACAGCUUCUUGCAAUUGACCGAACUGAAGAAAUUUUAUCUUCUUGGCUUUGAAUCUGGUGUGAUCGUUGCUUUAGAGAUGGCUGCUAUUUUGGAAAAGCAUGGUCUAACCGGCGUUGUGUUUUGUCUGGGUGGUUUACCAAAUGAAAUCCAAGCACAGUUUGAAACACAACUAAUUGAAUACAAAGAUGAAAAUGCGUUACAAGAAGGAGUAUGCAGGCACAUGAUGACGCUGAUCACUGAAAACAAAACAGACAUGUUUGAGAACACGUUCCAAAAAGCAACUACUUGGCAAGAAAAAUUGAAUAUUUGUGCUCGUAGUCUAUUAGGAAAAGUGGAACAUUCAGCUGAAUACACUAAAGAACUUAUUGAAUCUGCAUACUCCCGCAUCGUUAAUGUUCGGAACUAUGUGGUUGAGCCUAAAAAACUGAAAUCGAAACUUAUCUUAAUGAGGCCUAAAAUGGAUAUCUCUGAUAAAUUCCAAUCGAUGGUUGAAAAAGAUUCUCUAUCGAAGUAUUCUGAACAGCCAAUUAUUGAAUAUGAAUUAGACGCUCCGCUAGGAUACGCAACUCAAGAUAUGAGAUGUGCUGCAAUUGUCAAUAGACAUCUGGAGGAAGGUAUCUUAAAAGCUUUUGAACAGAAGAAUCUCUGCGAAACCUAUGUUCUGAAUUUGGAUGCGACUUCAAUGAUUUAAAAUUAUACAAUAAACAAGAUGCAAAUAUAAUAUAUUAUGAAGCUUUUUAUUUAUAAAUUUUACAUAGGUGAUGUGAAUA